AUGCUGUCCGAGAGCGUUUCCACGACUCAUGUGGCGGCUGCACUCAUUCUCCUGAGCUUUCACUGGAGCAUGACUCAUGUGGACGUGCUGAAAUUUGUGGGAAAGCUGGGCCAGUACGCACGGCAAAACUCAGGUGGCUCAGCACACGCUGGUAAUGGUGAUGCAAGGCGAAUUAGUGCCGCCAUGGAACAGCUGCGAGAGAAUAGCUACGUCGAAACAAGCAAGCUGAUGGUGCACGUGAACGGUAUGUCGAUGGUCAUCAUUCCGUUCAUCUAUGAUCGCGGGAACGCGGUUUUUAUGGUUGGUAUCCUGCUAGCUGCCGCCGCUGCAUAUGCUACGCAUUUAGCAAUAGCAUGUGACAAAAUCCGCUUGCGGGCCCAACAAUUGAAAGUGUUUGUCGCCGCCUACUAUGCGAUUACGGUUGUGUGCAUAUUAUGUGGCUCUGGCUUUGAACAUAUGAGGCUGAUGGAAACUGGCCAGAUUACUUUGUUCGCUUGCUAUUGUGACUCGACUGUACACGUACCCGGCCAAGCUGCUCUUGCUCUGGCAGAGAUCGUUUGCAUUGCGGCCUCCAGCGGUUUGCAAAGUGUCUCAGUGGAAUUGGUGGCAGCUCCGCUGCUCAAAGCUCUCAUCCUGAUCUUCUCUUCGGUGGUCUUGGAAAGCACUAUGAAGGAAGGCGUGGCCGCUCAGUUCCGAGGAGCAGAUGCGGAGUCCAUGGUCACCUCCUUUCGGACCAUGCUGAAAGGCCUAAGCGAUGCAGAGCUGUUGCUGGAUGAGUCUUUGCAAAUCACGGACGAUGAUGAUCUGCUCCGUGGUGCCUUGGUGAUGGAGAGCCUCAAGGGCCAGGUCUUUAGUAACCUUCUACUCCCGGACACAGAGGAGCAGGAUCGAUUUCAGAAGUUCAUCCACAGGCAAAAAGCCCACCCGUUGUCUCUCAGGGAAGAACGCCUGCAUGUUUGCGAAUUUCCCUACGGACAAGCCGUGCUCAGCGUGUGA